GAGACGGAGACACACAGGGGACCCUCAUCUGAAAACAUGGACAAAGGAGACGAUAUCAUCAACCCCAGUUUUGCGGCGGCGCUGAUGAAGCUGGACCCAGAGGAUGGAGCUCAGAUCAUGGACUACAUCAAGACUCAGGCCCUGCUCUCCAGAGAGAAAGCCCUGCUGCAGUCCUCAGUCCGGGAACAGAAGAAACUGUUGGUGGAAAACGCCAAACUGAAAAAAGACAUCGAGGAUCUGAGAGUCCAGCUACAAGACAAGCAGAGGAGAAGAUUGGCGAAAGCGUUGUUCUCUCCAGCCCCGCCCCCUCAGCAGACGAGCCCCGCCUCCUCUUCAGACUCACCCGCCAAUGAACCCGCCGCUUCAUCUGUCAAUCAACCUGGCCAGGAUCGAAGAGACGGACAGCGCAAAAAGAAAGGCGACAGGAGAGUCCGAUCGGGAACGGGAAGCGAGCGCCUGUUGGGGGUGGAGCCUCGUCUGGACGUGUCGCGGUUGGACCUCAGAGUGGGGCGUGUCCUUAGCGCCCAGAGCCACGCCCACUCGCUCAGCAUACAGGAAGUGGACGUAGGAGAGCCCGCGCCCCGGACUGUGGUCAGCAAACUGGGGGCAAACGCACAACUCGACCAGCUGCCUGGUGCCAUGGUAGUGUUGAUAUGCAACGUCAAAGCCUGCAAACUGAGGGGAGUGGUCUCAAAGGCGCGUCUCAUCUGCUGCAGCCAAUCAAAAGACUGCAUCGAGCUGCUGACUCCGCCCCCAGGGUCCGCGCCCGGAGACAGAAUCACCUUCCUCAACUUCCCAGGUGAAGCAGACAAAGAGCUGCCGUCGAAGGAGCGUGUGUUUGAGCGUCUUCAGCCCGACCUGUGUGUGGACGCGAAGGGCGUGGCUCAGUACAAAGGCUGCGGCUUCGAGGUCAAAGGGAAAGGCCUGUGCAGAGCGCCCACUCUUGUCAACUGCUCCAUCAGAUAGAGACAAAACUAAAGCUCCAUCAGAUAAAACUACUGCUCUACUGCUGUUACAGAUAGAAACAGAACUACUGCUUCAUGAGACGGCCAAAAUUACAACACAAACAGUUUUAAUAUCUGAAUGGUUUUGAGGUGAAAAUGUGUAAACAAAAAUACAGAGAAUUAAAAAUCAUUAUAAACCAA